AUGGCUUCGUAUGAAAUUGACCUUAAGAUGGAGAAGUUGUCCAUUACAUCAGCGCCCACCAUCAAUUGGAGCACAUGGGUCCAGCUUUUGGAUAAGCUCCCCCAUGAACCAAACCCACAACGCCGCUCCAGAUGUGAAGGAGAUUCAAAUGCCUAUGACGCAUUCUGGAAAUCGCGACACCCUUGGGAUCUAGUUGAUUAUUAUCUUUACCUCAUCGCCAUCGAAGGGAAGUACCGGAACUGGGGCGUCCGUCUCUCAGACAGCUGGCUGAUUCAGAGCGACGGGUCCCGCUGGGAUAACUUUGGAUAUGCCAUCGACUCAGACGACCGUGAGUGUCAGACUGGCUGGAAAGAUCCUCUUUUGCUCUUCUCCUCCCUUCCCGUUCCACAUGCAACCGAAUGCCCAGACCGCAGGAUCGUUUUGGGCGUUAAUCUUCGCACUCAUCACCUCGUUGGCUAUCUAUUUGAAUCUGCACCUGAGAGUAUCUCCGAGCUGGACUCGGUCUGGGGUCGGAGGGAACUCAUCAUCAAUGUGAGCCUCAAGCGAUUCACUCACAUUCUUAAAUACAGCGUCAAUGAGAACCAGUCUAUUUUGAAGAAGGGCGUUUUCAACUUCUUCCGCGAGAGUAGCCGACAUCUGCACGCUGGUAUGGACGCGGUGAUCACCAUCAAAUACAUUCAAUUCCUCCAGGAUGCUCUUUCCGGCGCAAGACUUAGCGCUCCUUGCAGAGUGGGAGAGGAACCACAAAAUUGGUUCGAUAUGGAGGAACAUCUCCGCAACUUUCUGUGUCGGGGCUCAGCUAGUGGCUGGAUGAGCUCGCACGAGGGGAUGACAGCGGAGGAGGUCCGUAAGCACGUUACUGCUAACACCUCUUCGUCCUGUAUUUUCGGUGACCAACUCUUUCCACCUGAUAUUGUCAAUGAUGAGAAGAGAGUCGGGCGUAACUCCUGGUCUCAAAUUGAGCCGGAUAUGUCGCUGCUGAUGUGGUGCGAGGUAGAGCUGCCACAAUCAGGGCUAACAUCGUUGGAGAAGAUCAGGCAAUCCACAUCUGACAUGGUUAUUCUGUUGGGAAUUUUCGUUAUCGAGUGCUCCAGUCUUGUUAAGGAUGAGGAUGAUUGUGAGAUUGCGCCGUGGGUCGAGAAGAUCAUUGAGCGGCGGUGUAAACCACAGGGGAGUUCCCCAAGUGACAAAUGGAGACGGGCUUAUUAA